AUGGAGGCCGUUGUGUUUACGUACACUGCGUUUACGUACUACGAACUGGACCAGAAGUACCCGCUGCUCAUCGAUACGUGGCUCAAGGCCAACGGCUUCAACGUGCACAAACAAUGCAGCACCGACUGGAACACGACGCUGGACGAUCUCCGCACCAUCGUAGAGUACAAGCUCAUCCACGCCUCGUCCAACCACUUGACUCCUGAAUUCCGCACGGCCAACUGGAACUUCUUCGGCAAGAUCAUCGAUGGCGAAAAGGUGAAACCAACUCGUGAACAAUUCUGCAUCGCCGAAGUGGAUAAAACCGUUGGUGAACUCCUGGGUCAGUACUACUUAGACGAGGUGUGGUCGGCUGAAACGGCCAAGGCGGUCGAUGAACUGGUCAAGGCCUUGGAGUCGUCCACCUCCACUGGUAUUGCCACCACCGACUGGUUGGACGACUCGACCCGCGCAAACGAAGCUGUCCAAAAUCCGCAGCUGUACCCGACGUUGACGUUGGACUCGAAGUCGUAUUUUAACAACCUCUGGAAGGUGUCUCAAGUGAACAUUGACACUAACUUGAAGUUGGCCGGCCAACCUGUGGACAAGCGCAAAUUCGACGUUCCCCCUCAGACAUUCGACGCGGCCCAGAACUUUGGUGCCACCGGGGUGCACAUCGGACACGAAAUUACCCACGGGUUCGACAACAUAGGCCGCAAUUACGAUGGUGACGGCAAGUUGAACCCGCGGUGGUCGAAUGCCACCGACACUACUACGUUCAAGCAGAAGGCCCAGUGCUUUAGCGACCAGAACGACAAGUUUGUCGUCAAGAGCGAAGUGACUGGCGAUGUGUGGGGCAACGUCAACGGCGAGCUCUCAUUGGUUGAAACCAUUGCCGACAACGGGGGGCUCAAGACCAGUUUUCGCGAGUACUUGAAGAAGUUCCCGUCGCAGUACACAGAAAACGCUGGUGACAAGUUGUUCUACUUGUUGUUUGCCCAAGCCAGGUGCUCCAAGAACACGGACGCCCGCCUCAAUACGCAUUUGACAGACCCUCACCCGCCUGAUCGGUUCCGCGUGACGGGGGGUUGCAAAACGACGCUGAGUUUGCCCGUGUGUUCAAAUGCCCCACCGACUCGUACUUGA